UAAGAGUUUAACUACAGAAAUAGGAAAAGGAGUGAUUCGCUUUGCAAAAUAAAAAUGAGAAAACAUGACGGAUCAAAAACAACCAAAAUAAGUGCAAAAGCGACAGCAGAAAGACCACCCAAAGCUUGAAAGUCUUCUGGGAUAACUUCAAAUCAGUCCCCAUUCCACAGCCUCUUUCUCAAUUAAGUCCCCAAUCUGUACGUCUAUCCGUCCUCAACGCAUCCGUUAAUCAUCAACACAUUCCUAAAAUUAUUCAUACUCUUACAUAUGUUGUCUUUAUGAGCUGUUAACACCUUUUUUACAAUUUAUUUUUUUUCUUUUCCAAAAUUAAACUUUAACCAGAAAUAGUUUUAUUCGAGUUUAAUUAUUAUUUUAUUUUUUUAAUAUAAUUAAAUUUCAAACCUGGGAUCCAGGAUUAACUUUCUGGGUUGAGUAGAGUGUAGCAAUUAUGACCUAAUUGACAACAUGCUUGGGCAUAAAUGCAAACAGAAGGGCAGAUCGGGGAUUUGAUUUGUUAAAAAUACAUACUAGGGACCUAACGGAUAAAAAGGGUGUCUUCUGGGGACUAAUAUGAGCCUACCCAACCUUUCUAAGACUCCCAAAUCUAUUCGGGAAUAAAUCCCCUUCCCCUUUCAAUGCAAACCCUAAAAAGUACCCAAUUUCUCCAGCUAUAAAUAUAUUGUCUCACUCUCUCUCUAUCUCCUUCGCGAAUCUUCUCUGAUCCAUCAAAUUCACUCUAUCUUCUCUCUCUCUCCAAUUACCGCAAUUCGCUACUUGCGAUUCCCAAUCUCACAGCCAAGGAGUUACGGUUUUUGAAGCUGCUUGUUACCGAACUGAAAAGGAGCCGUCGUGGAGAAGACGAGAAGGAGAAGCAGAGGGGUUAUUGUAAAAUUACGUUUUUGCCCUUGUGAUCUCGAAGAGCACAGAUAAAAACGAAUUCUGGAUCCAUGCCAAAGUUGGUGGUUCACCUUCUCAUUAAACAUUGACCCAUGGAUCCAGAAAGCAAGAAGUUUGGAAGAGGACCAAGAGAGCUGACUGGUGCCGUUGAUCUUAUAAGUCACUUCAAAUUGUUGCCCCACCAUGAAUUUUUCUGCAAGAGGUCACUACCUUUGUCAAUUGCAGACACGCAUUAUCUUCACAAUGUGGUGGGAGACACUGAAAUAAGAAAAGGAGAAGGGAUGCAACUGGAUCAGCUUAUCCAGAAUACCUCCAGAGAUAGUAAUGCACACAUAGAGCCCUUUGACCUAGAUGUACUUAGGGAGGCCUUCCAACUGAAGGAAACUACUCCUAUAGAUUUGCCUUCUGCAGAGAAGGGGACUCCUACCAUAGCCGGGAAAUCAAAAGUUGAGUCCAAGGACAAGGAUAGGAAGCAUAAAAAACACAAAGAAAGAGAUAAGGAGAAGGAGAAGGAGAAGGAGCACAAGAAACGUAAACACCGUCAUAAAGAUAAAGAUCGAAGUAAAGACAAAGACAAGGAGAAGAAGAAGGAUAGAAGUGGACAUCAUGAUUCUGGUGCUGACCAUUCCAAAAAACACCACGAUAAGAAAAGGAAGCAUGAUGGAGAUGAAGAUCUCAAUGAUGUGCACAAGCACAAAAAAAAAAGAAUGCAUCAGACCACACGACGUGCUCCUGUGCAAAUGCAUUUGCUAUUAUCAUGCAGAAACCUGAACACAUCUGCAGCUACUCUUCCAUUUUUCUAGCAAAGCAUGGACGGGAGCUUGUGUUUUCC